AUGGCAUCCACAGAGAUGGCAUCCAGAAAGUUUAUUUACGAAACGGCGUACGAAGAGGCCACGGAUUCGGUGAACAAAUUUCAUCUUCAUCAGAUGUACUCAAAACUCCACCAUUGCUUCCCAGUCUUAGCUUCAUUGGACGAGAAGACUGGAAUCCCGCAGGCCACGGAAGUCCUUGACAAGAUCAUUGGGAAGGUGAAAUCUAGUAAUAAAAGCAUCGGCAACGCCCGAGUGGGCGAGCUGAACUGGGCGGAGAAAUCACGCUUCCAGCAAUUGUCUCGCUCCAUUCGACAAGCCGUUGCAAAUUGGCACACAAUCUUUGACUCACAAUUGUGGGUUGAGUUCUGUGAUCAUCUGGACAGUUGGGCAAAAAAUACCGUGUCCCUCUAUGACUUGAGUGAUCUCUUGGACAGUCUCCUAGAAGAGGCUCGCUACGUUCUGGCUUUGGAGGAACAAAGGAAGAAGGAAGACAGUUGGAACCUCCAGGUUGCUGAGACCGAUCGCAAGUUGACUGCUGAGUUCGAUCGCAAGUUGAAGCAGAUGGAACUCAAGAUUUUGGCUGGGAACCAGAGGAGUGAACAGCUUGAGGGCGAGCUCUCAAGGAUGAAGGUUCAGUUGAAAGGCUUGCAGGAUGAUAAACUGAAGAUGACCAAGGAACUGCAGGAUGUCAAGUCGGAGAAUGAGGACAUGACUCUCCAAGCAAUGACUGUCAGUGCUGAGCUAAAGGAGUUGAAGAACGAGUCUUUGAUGCACACAGAAGCGCACAAGAAGCUGGAGGAUCAGCGGCGCAAGACUGAUGAGGCAAUGGACUUAGCGUGCCAUGGGGCAGAAAUUGUUGAGAGGGUUCAGGUGUUGGAGACAACAUUGAUGAAGAUGUCGGCUGAAUUGCUGGAGCUUAAAUCCAACAAUCAAGUGCGCAGCAUGAAGACAGAAUCUGAGAAUCUUCAGUUGCAGAGAGAUCUACUCAAUUUGAAGAAGGAUUUGCAUGAAGUGAAUGUCAAGUGCGCCCGCACAGGUGUCAAUGACAGAGUUAAGAUGAAGAAAAAUGAUGUGAAUGAGUUUAAGUCAACAAUGCAUCAUGCAAAGUACCAAAUGUGGCAGAUCGAAGACAAAGAGUCCAGUGAUGCCAGCUCUGAUGCCUCUUGGGUUCGAAUCCAGCAACGUGUAGAGACCAGCAUGCUGCACAGUGCGUCAUCCGGCUUCUCCAUCGACACCAGUGGCCCCCGCUGCUUCAUGCCCGAUGCGCUCUUCAAGGCACCCGAUGGCAAACUUCUGAGCGGAGCAGAUUUGUGCAAAGACUCUCAGAUCCUCUCAGCCGAUGGCCAAACGAAAUUGGAGGUCGCGUCUCCGCCCGAGCAGCACGCUGCGCGCGCCACGGUGCUCCUUCAGGCUCGGGAGGCCAAGUUGCAAGUGACGCCGGACCAUCGGGUGGUGCUUGGCAAUGGUCAUUUGGUCUCCGCUGCAGACCUGAAGGUUGGCGAUGAGGUCAUGGUAGGAGACCAUAUCCCCACGAAACUGACCUCAGUGGAAUUUGUGCCAGGCCCGGUGACAGUGUUGAAGAUCGCUUUUGAGCCAGACGUGCCUGUGGCGGUGUUUCAGCCUCCAGCGUGCAUCCAUAGCCACGGCCACAAGCUCCAGGAGAUUCGUCGUGCGGGAAAGCAUUGCCGUCGGAAGGGCAGGAAGGCUGCCACUGUAAAGGACGGGAUUCAUGGAUAUUCAGAUGUACGUACUCAGACACUGAGGACAGGCCUUCCGAAGGACGGCCUUGGGCGCGUGAGCUGCCAACGCUUGGUGCGGAAGCUCCUCAAGGGACCCGACCAGAUGCCGCACAUCGGUUGGUGUUAUGGAAAAGGCUUUGGAGCUGCCAAGAGACCACAAGACAUUGAUCAGAAAGCUUUGUCCUUGCACGCGGAUUGGGUCACCGCCGCCACCACUGGGCAAGGUCGCCGGCCAGCGAUGCCGGUGAACCAGACGGAGGAUGGAGGACGGAUGCGGCGCCACAGCAAGCGAGGGGCCGCCAUGGCCAUCCAGCAAGGCUCGGAUUGUCUAUGCGUGCUGCCGCCCCAGAGCAAUGUCCGUUUGGUCAUGUCCAUCGUGGGGCUCCUGGCGAUUACCUGGGACGUGGUUUUUAUCCCGGUGCAAGCCUUCGAGAGCGUGUCUCCGACCUUCCAAGAGGUCUUGCAGGUCGCGACGAUCCUGGUUUUUGGCUAUUGGAUCUUGGACUUUGUUCUUCAGUUCUUCAGUGCUCCAGACAACACCAACAACGCAAUGGACCUGAGGCUUAAAAAUGUGGCGCUGCUCUACGCGAGGAGCGGCUGGAUGUUCUUAGACUUGCUACUACUAGGCUUGGACAUCGGCCUCUUCUCGGCGGAGAUCCACAUCCGGAACCGCACCACCACCACGGGGCUCAACUCGGUGCGCCUCAUCCGGGUGCUGCGCCUGUUGAGGUUCUUCCGAUUGCUUCGACUGAGCCGCGUGCAAAAGACCUUGGUCUCGAUCCUCACGCGGUUCACCUCGGUGUACUUUUGGAUGGCCAUGCAGAUGAUGAAGGGCAUCGUCAUCAUCCUGGUGAUCAACCACUACGUCACGAUCGGUUGGUUGGUCUUGGGCGUGUACUACCCGGGUCACACCUGGUUGGAGGAGUUCCAGCUCGCGGACAAAGGCUUCUCCGAACAGUAUGUGUAUUCCUUCCACUGGGCCAUCGCACAGUCCCUUGGCUGCGACCUUCGACUCGGGGGUCCUUGUUUGGUGGAGCGGCCGAGCCGAGUCCAUGGUCUUUUGUCGCUGCUGUUGGUGAUGGGGCCCGGCUCAAAGCGGCGAAGAGACUUAUCUAGAGGCAUGAUGUCGGCGCCUGUCAGCAUGUGCUUUGGGGCUCUGGUGCUUUCCUUCGUGAUUUUCCUGCAGGGUUGUAACCAUCCUUCAAAGCCUGAGAGUACAGUAGCAAAGUAUAUUGGUGCCCAGUGCAACGUUUUGACCGGAGACUCCUGCAAUCCGGUGCAACUACCACUAUACGCUGGUGAGGACUACAAUCCACUUGGCCUAUUCAAUGUGACAGAUGAAGAAGUGAAAACAGACUACAUUGAGCACCGAGACGAGGGUACACGGGUGACUUUCUCGCAGAGCGUCUCUGAUAUUUCCACCCGGGAUGCGUGGGAUUUUGGUUUGUCCGGCCCACUUCCGCAACUGGGGCGCAUCUUCUCAGCUGGGGCAAAGUACCGCAGCUUGGCGCAGCAGAUGAGUGCGCACAGCUCUUCGAACUACUAUGCUGAGAGCUCUAGUAGGUACAUUGUAUACACAAAGCACUUGUCCCAGGAUGCCGGAGCACGCUUGGCAGAGUCCUUUCGCAAUGCAGUGAAGAAGCUUCCUGAAAAGCCCCGGAGUGAAGAGGACUUCACUCAAUGGUUCCUCUUCUUUGAAACCUAUGGCACGCACUACGUGAAGAGUGUGGCCUAUGGAGGGGAAAUGCGGCUUUCAGUAUUUUUCAAGUCUGAUGUUGAGAAGGAUGAGAACGUGAAGAAAUCCAAUUGGGAGUUCUAUUUGAGGGCUCUUUGGAAACGCCUGGCUGGAAUUAAGGUCUCGUUUGGUCAUGAACACAGCCAGCAGGAAUUCGACUCAUUCUCGCAGUACACCUUUCAACAGAAGUUCUAUGCCAUCGGUGGGGACGCGAGCAGCCACAAUUACACCCAAUGGCUGGCAAGCGUGAAGAAGAGCCCGGCACCCAUCAAGACAGAGUUGAAAUCCAUUGCGGAUUUCUUGCCGACCUCCAUUGAGUUGUUGAAGAUUUUGAACAGAUACUUUGAAACUUGUCCCAAUUCCGAGCUUGGGGUGUGCAACGGCUAUGGCCAGUGCAACUUCCAGGAGCGGAUCUGUGAAUGCAAUGCCGACACUGCGUACCAGGAGGAAGAUGGGAACUGCUACCCCAAGUGUCAGAACAACUGCAGUGGACACGGGCAAUGCGUGAAAGGCAUUUGCCAAUGCGACUUCAAGAAGGAGUAUAACAUGGGCUUUUGGUCACCUCCAGGCAAAGGCGCUUGCUCUGAGCCUUGUGGGCAGAAGGUCUAUGAUGUUGGCACCAACAGUGCUUUGUGUUGCCCAAGCCAACCAGGAUGCCUGUUCAUGGCAGUGCAAGACGAAGCUCCAGAUUGCUUUUGCCAAAAGAUGAUUCCAUUGGAUCAUGUGCAGGGCCAUGGAGAAAUCCAUGAUUUCUUUGUUGCUCCUACCACCUACUCAUGCAUGACCAAUGCCCAGCUUUGUUGGGGCAUUACAUGCCCCGUGUACCGGAAGGUCACUUGCAGUCAUGGCUCUGGGGUCGCAUGCCCCAACACGCCGAUGAAUGAAGCCUAUUCAUCGCAAGUGAUCAUUUGA